AUGAUGAGCCCAAGAUCAAUACGGCAAUGUUGUUUCUCACCGACAAUGCUCUCAUGUGGUGGCGUCGAGAUCGAACAAGAGAAUGCCAAGUAUGAGGCAAAGGAGAAGCUGAGAUGGCUGAAGCAAACUGGGAACGUGAAGGACUAUGUCGCCAUGUUCACCAACCUAUUGUUCGAGGUGCCUAGCAUGACGGAUGAAGACAAGCUCAUGUACUUCAUGAGUGGCCUACAGAAUUGGGCCAAGCUGGAGUUACAAAAGAGACAUGUCCAAACCUUGUCAGAGGCGAUUGCUGCAACUGAGUCUCUUGUUGAGUUCAAGAAGAAGGAUCAAGGCGACUCCAAGUUCAAAGGAAAGAAAGAUAGCAAUGGAUCCGGUGGGGGAGACAACAAGCCAAAAGAGGGUAGCAAGUCUGGAGACAAGUCUGACGGUCACAAGUCAUCUGGGAGGAAGAAUGACAAAGGUGACAAGGGGAAAGACAAGUCGAAGCUAGCUUGCUACUUGUGCGAUGGAGCGUACAUGAUGCGGGACUGUCCGCAGAAGAAAGACUUGAAUGUUAUAAACCGAGAGAAGGAAGAUGAGGCCGACAAGGAAGCAGGAAUGGGGGCCAUUCACCGUUUCAAUGCUGUGCAGGCCAAAGUCGCUCAACCACAGGUUCAAGCCAAAGGUGUGAUGUUCGUCGAAGCCAUGGUGAAUAGCAAGACAACUCUUUGCCUGGUGGAUACAAGUGCCUCGCACAACUUUAUGUCCGUGCAGGAAGCAAAGAGACUUGGGUGUCGAGUCUCGAAGGAAGCAGGCAGUAUGAAGACGGUUAAUUCAACUGUCAAACCGAUUGAUGGAGUAGCUCGUGGUGUGGAGCUACACAUUGCCACUUGGAAUGGAGUAGCUGACUUCUCCGUGAUCUCAAUGGAUGACUACGAUGUCGUGCUAUGA